UAUAUAAAGCUCAGCGUUACGAGGACUGUUAUCGUUAAUUGCAAUUAUCCAGCAUGCUGGGCAACAUCGUCGUGUUGAUUAUGGCGUGCUGCGCAACCCUAGCCUGCGGAAAUCCGCUGGAGUUGCAGCAAAGCCUGGCAAAGGCGAGUAAUCUGCAGGCCUUUGGGGGCAUACCGGCUACAAGAGGCGAAUUCCCAUGGCACGUCUCCCUCCAGCAUUUUUCUACCUCAGGAGGCUGGUUCCACAGGUGCGAUGGCACCAUCAUCUCGGAAUCGUACGUCAUUGCCUCCGCUCUACUUUGCUCUCCUCCCUUUAGUGGAUCCAAAGAAAAUAUGCGCGCAGUGGCCGGCACCUUGGAGUGGAAGCGGCCUCGUUCGAUUCACAACGUAACCGCAAUUAUAGAAGAUGGCGAUGUUCGAAGCGGCUCUGGAUUUCUGGCCCUGUUCAAAGUGGACCCACCGUUCCAAUUCGACUGCUACACGAAAGCCGUGCAGCUGCCCGAUCAUUUCAUUGAGUCUUUGCCGGGCACAGUCAUGACGACCACAGGCUGGGGCCACAUGAUGCCUGAUCAGUAUGAACCGUCAGAUAUGCUCAUGAAGUUCGAGCUAUCGGUCGUGUCCAAAGCCGUGUGCUACAAGAAGAAUGUAAUUGAAAUGCUACACUUUAUGUGCGCCAAUGAAGCCAGAAACGAGACCAUCGGCAGUGGUGAUUGCGUCCGUCGAGGCUGGGGCUCCCCGCUCAUUUUCAACGGUGAACUGCGUGGUGUCCUCCUCCUUUUCCUAAAAUGCGAUGUGCCAGAUCUGUACGUGGAGAUCUCCCUCCUCCGCAGAUGGAUCUCAUUGUACACCGGCGUUUGAUUUUAUUUUUUGCUUUAUGUAAUACUUAGAAAUAAAAGGGCUCACCGAA